AUGCCCACGGAACCUGACUUGUACCGCGAGGACCGCGAGGAUGCGCCGUUUCUGGCCUCCUCCAAUGCGCCCAGCGGUAGCGCCCACAACAUCGACAACACCCACAAUGGCCAUGCAAAGCCCUCGCGACCAGUCCCGGCGACUACUUCCUCCUCCACAUCCAACUCCGCCAGCAAGAUCACAUUCCGGCUGAAACUCAUUCUCUUCGCCAUGGUGCUGGCCGUGGAGAUUGGCUUCGCAUUCCUGGAAGGUCCGAUGGUCCGCGUCAUGGAAUCGAUCGCCUGUCGACAAUACUACACCGAGGCGGAUCCGACGAAGAUUGGCGCGAAUGGCCAGGUUCCUGAGGAAUUGUGUAAAUUGGCUGAGAUUCAGGCCGAGUUGGCCGCCGUUAAGGGAUAUCAUAUGUUCUUUGAUGGGUUAUUGAGCGCGGUCUUUGCUUUUCCCUAUGGUCUGCUGGCAGACCGUCGUGGCCGCAAAUCAACCCUCGUCCUCGGUGUCCCCGGAUUCUUUUUAAACUCGGUUAUUACGAUUGUCGUCUUGUGGUUCUCGGAUACACUCCCGCUGCGGGCGGUUUGGCUAUCUUCUCUGGCAUGGUUAAUCGGUGGUGGACCAGUAGUCGCGUUUGCCAUUAUCUGGACGAUGAUGGCCGAUGUGACCAGUGAAGCGGAAAGGGCCGGUCUUUUCUUCCAGUUCGCUAUUGUUUCCAUGGGAGCCGAUUUUGUCUCUAGCGCCCUCGCUUCAUGGCUCAUGACUAUGGACCCCUGGGCUCCACUAUUGAUCGGAUACGCUAUUGUUACCGGUGGUCUACUAUUUAUAUUCGUGCUUCCCGAGACGAAACAUGCAAUUCCACCUCAACCCGUGGAGCAGCCCCAUGUGGAGCUCUCUGAUCUAGCCGAUGAAUCCAAUCCCAAGCACACCUACGACAAGCCUGAGCAAAUGUACCACGACGAAAGUGAUAUGGACGUGGACAACGACCAUGAAGCCCAUAUGACGUGGAGCUACCCCACGCAACAACCGCAGUCAUUCUGGGCCAAAUGUCGCGCCAACUAUCGCUUCUAUAUGAAACCCUACCUUUUCAUCCUAAACCGAAAACCAGUGCUUCUCCUUUUGACGGCCUUUUUGGUAUACCGCCUGAGUCGAGGCUCAUCCUGGUUCUUGACACAGUAUAUCUCAACACGAUACCACUGGACACUUGCACAGGCCAAUAUGCUCGUGGCAUCUCGACCAACGGUGUCCAUCCCCGUAUUCCUCUGGGGUCUACCCUAUCUCAAGAAAUACGCCUUGAACCCUCGGCGCACCACCACUGAGAAGGAUCUCUGGUUAUCCCGUGCGAGCAUCCUUUGCCUCACCAUCGGCACAUUAGGAAUCGGCCUCUCCCCCUCCGUGGCCACCCUAAUCCCCAGCAUGAUCAUCCAAACUUCCGGAUCAGGCUUCGUCUUCCUCACUCGCUCAAUCAUCACCACCCUGGUCGAGCGCGACGAAACCGCCCGACUAUACACGGUCAUCGAGAUUAUUCAAUCCUUUGGUAAUGUUGUGGCCAGUCUAUCCAUCACGACGGUCUUCCAGCUUGGUUUGCGACUUGGAGGAUUCUGGAUUGGAUUGGCGUGGAUGAUGACUAGUUCGUUAUUUUGCAUGGUGGCUGCCGCGAUUUGGUUCUUUCGGUUGCCACCCACACCGCAGACGCCGGAGUUUGUGGUUGGGGAGUUUGAUGAGGGGGAUGAUUUGCAUGGCUCGGGCAUCGCGCCCUUCCUGCCCAUUCCAGCAGAGCCACUGGGCAUCCAAGCGCCCCUCCGACUCUUCCUGUUCUGCUUUCGACUUCCCAUAUUCAUCUUUGUCACCUUAUCGUACUUUUUGUUCUUGCAAUGGCUUCCAAUUGGAUCCUUGGGCAAGAAAGCGGCCUUGUGGUGUAUACUAGGUGUCCCCAGUAUAUGGUGGAUUGACCUACAGGUUGACGGAGUGAGGAAAGGAUCCCUCUCAAAGCAACAACAAGCCCGUCUACCACAGCCCGGCUCGGUCAUCGCGUCUUCGUUUACUUCCCCGAUUGACGCAGUUUACUUGGCCGCCAUCUUCGACCCAGUGUUCACGGCAUCCUACCCAAACACUCGUCAAGUGCAGCGCAUCUCCCUGCUCCAAGCUAUCUUGCGCGCUUUCGCGCAGCCCCUGGCCGAACCCGAGCCCGGUACGAAGCUAGUCGAUGUGUCCACAUUGGUGGAGAAAUACCCCAACCGACCCAUCGUUAUCUUCCCAGAAUGCACCACCACCAAUAGCCGCGGUAUUCUACCCCUGAGCCACUCACUGCUCGGCGUCCCAUCCAAGACAAAGAUCUUCCCCCUCAGUUUGAGAUACACGCCCGUUGAUGUGGUCACCCCUCUACCGGGUAGCUACGUCAGCUUCCUGUGGACACUACUGAGUCGACCCACGCAUUGCAUUCGAGUGCGCAUCGCCGAAUGCAUCAUGAUUAGCCGGAGUGCGUUCGAUGCACCUCCCGCUCGAUCAACCCGAAAGUCCACUUUCAGCACCAACUACCUGGACACACUGGACGAGGACACCGCGACUGGCGAUGUCACCGCUAGCGAGAAGGCGCUUCUCGACCAGGUUGGCGAGUCUUUGGCCCGUCUUGGCCGGGUUAAGCGUGUUGGACUCGGUGUGGAAGAGAAGCAGGAUUUCGUGCGGAUGUGGAAUAAGACGCGGCGGACCUGGUGA